CUAGUUUAAACCUGAAGGAUAAAGGAUACGUAAAGCACAAGCAAAAUUUACUUAUAGAUAAUUGAUAUGAAAGUGAACAGCAUCACUCGCCUAGUUCUAGGUUCGAUUCUUGUCAUUUUCUCCAGACCAGCAUUAUUGAAUAGUGGCGUAUCUUUAUCAGAUGAGAGAGUCGAUCGCCCACACACAGCACGCGAGAAACACCCUGGGAAACUUGUAGUGAGCGAUCCAUUCACAAACACGCCGGACUUGACGCGCCAGAGAUCGGUGCCUGUCCUGCGGAUCCGGGGCAGAACACCUGCGAGGAGGAUCCCACCUGGCCCAGAUUACCUGCCCAAAUUCACCCGCCUCCCGGACGUGUCGGUGAUUUGCUCGAGCAGCAGUUUCGUCUUAAGGGUGAAGAAGAUUUUCUACGGUUUCUCGGCCGCCGCAGAGGAGCUGACGCUCGGAGAAACCUGCAAAAGCAACGGGGUCGUUGAGCCGCAUAAAGACUUGCUCUUCACAUACGCGCUCACGGACUGUCAGGGUGAACAACAGGUGUUUCCUGAUUACGUAGUGUACAAGUAUGUCCUUCACUACGUGCCACUCUUACACCAAAACCCGUUCAUUCACCGCAGAGUGAACGUCGGCGUGGAAUGUCGAUAUAAAAGGAACCAUCAUGUGCACCGUCUGACCAUGAGCCCGACGUGGCAGACACCAUUGCGCAAAGUCAUCAGGAGCCGAUCUGGUGACUUUCAGAUUCAGCUGAUGGACGACUCCUGGUCUUCUCCAGUCAGGUCUGCUGUGUACCUGCUGGGUCAGAAUGUGAACGUGCAGAUCUCCACUCGACAUCAUUACUCUGGGGUCAAGCUUUUUAUCAACAGCUGUUAUGUGGCUACCGUUAACACCUUGAGUCAAGACACCAAAUACAGCAUCAUAGACAAUUACGGGUGUUUACGGGAAAGCCGGAUAAAUUCAGGUGCUUCAAGAUUCAGGUUCUCCAGGGCGGACAAUGUUGUUCAGUUCUCAUUUGGUGCUUUCCAAUUCACUGAGGCUCCAGAUGCCCAGGUCUCACUCCAUUGUGAGCUCUCUGUGUCAGGAGGAGGCCCUAGUCCAACGCAGAAGUCAUGUUUUUACAGGCACCCAGACAAAAGAUGGAUCUCUGUGUUUGGGCAAGAUUCUGUCUGUGACUGCUGUGACUCUGUCUGCAAUCAGACUAAAACCAAACGAAAAAUUCAUGAAGGGUUCGUAAGCAGUGAUCAAGUACUCUUCUCUGACACGUCUCCUCUCUCAACUCUGCCUUCCUCAACUUUAAACUCCACUCUCAUGACUUCUAGAAAUGAUGACGCCAUCUGGUUUGAAGCCAAACUGGCCAAAGAGCCCCAGUGGUCCUACACACACAAGGACUUUGUUGCCUCUGUUACCCUGAUUUCUUCUGAGGAGGACCAUGCUAAGAUACCGCAUGAGUCUCGCACAAGCACAGUGGAACUCCUAGAGGAGGAAAGGGAAGAGAACGAGGAAGAGAAACACGGGGAGGUGGAAAUUUUGAUGGAUAUCAGUAAGAGCUUUGUGGGAUCUGAAAGGCCAGAUUUAGACUCCAUGGAGCAGUUUGAGGUUGAAUCCUUGAGCUGGUCUGGAGAGAGGAAGAUGCAGGAUAUGAAUAAGGGUCUGAGUUACUGGCCUAAGAAAGUUCCGAGAGUAGAAGUUUCCAUGAAGACAUCAGUUAUGAUGGUCAAUGAAACCAUGAAGCAGCAAUCCACAACGAAUGAAUCAGCAGUGGGUGACGGGCAGCGUCAUGAGGUGUUGCUGCCGUCCUUUAUCUCAGAGGAAACGGAUAAGGUGGAUGAAAAUUCUUCGGAAAAUAAACAGGAAGGUUUGGAUUUCCUUUUAAUUCCAUCGUUUGAAGAUACGUCAGAGUUUCAGGUUGGAUCUGAUGAGCUGGUGGAGCAGGGUCUUGUGACAAAACUAGAUCUUAAGCAAGACUCAGAUGAUUAUUAUGAUUAA